CUCUCCAGAACACCUCAAAGCCCCCCGAAACCCCCCUCACCCCGGGGGCGAGCGGGAAAAGGGGGACCUUUACACACUCCCCCCUUCCCCCCCCCCCUCCCCGCGCUGCUUUUUAUUCAUUUUUCAUCUAAAUCAAUAUUUUUUAAAAAUUUCCCUCCUUUUUUCCCCCUCACCCCCUUCCCCCUCCCCUCAGCCCUGCAGAACAUGGCGUCCCCGUCCUAGCGUUUUAAAAAUAAGCCGGGGCUGCCAUUUUUGUUUGCCUUUUGUCUGCGAAUUUUAAUAAAAACGUCUGAGAAUGUGGGAGAGGCGGCGGAUGGAGGGGGGGUGGGGGGAGCACCCAGCCGGGCCACCCCCCCUUCCCCAAACCCCCCCUUCCACCCCCAUCCCCCGGCCUUUUUGUCUGGCAAACCCCCCCCCCCCCCGCAAAUCCCCUCCCAGGUUGAGGAUUUCAACUUCACUUAACCAAACUUCGCCUUUUUCCACCUCUUUUUUUCAUUAUUGUCAUCAUUAUUCCACCACCCCCCCUCCAAGCAGGAAGAAGAAGGAGGAAAAGAGAGAGAAAAAAGGGGGGAAAAGGGGGGGGGACAUCGAGGAAAAUACCCAUUUACCAGGAUUUUCCCUUUUUCUUUCCCUCUGGAUGGUCUAAUGGAAAAGUUAAUUGCAGCCGAACGUACCUAUUUUUCUGGAUGUUGCAUGUUUUGGGGGGGGAGGGUUUGCUUUUUUAAUGCAUUCUUGGUUUUUUUCUGACUUUUUUUGCUUACAGGAGGUGGCAGAAGCAGCGCAGGGGCUGAAUAUUAUCAUUACCAUCAUCAUAAUCACCAUUAUUAUAAUUUUCACCAUUUUAAUUCCUUUUCUCCUUCCUCUUUUCCUCCUUUUCUUCGCUGUUUUCUGCAUUAACUGGUUUUGUCUAGAAAAGUGGUCUCGCUGGCUGGAAGGUCUAAUGGAGGGGGGAGAUAUUUUUUUCAUGGCGUUUUUGGCAGGAAUGCGGCAGCUUUAGCGAGGGACCCAAAUUUCUGUGGCUGUGUCCCAGAGGUCUGUCUGUCCCUCUCCAACAUAUAUUUAGCCAUAUACUAUUUAUACAUCCAUAAUCUCCCGGCCACGUCGGGGGGCCUGGGGGGGGGAGCUUAGAGCUGGCGUGGCCACAGUGAUGGAUUUGAACCCAGGCAUGAUGAAUUUGAUGAUUUUGAUUUCUUUUUCUCCCUUCAAGGUUGGAGGAUGCUCCUUGUUGGGUUAUUUUUCCCCCCCAAGCCUGCGGUCCUUCGGAUAGCAGCCGGGUUUUUUAACCUGGGGAGGAUGGAGCAGGUGAAAGCGGCUUCGAGCCCGAGGCCUUUGAGAUUUUAAAGUGAUAUUUUAGCAGAGAGGUAAAAAAGUUUUUUUAAGUCCCUCACGGCGUGCGAUUUGCCGAGAGGCGGAGGGUCCAGGGCGAGGGGAUGGAUUUCACCCCCAGUUUUCCAGCCAGCUCCCCAUCCCUCAGCUUUCCCAACAGCUUGGGGGUGAGCGGGGCUAUAAAAAAAAACCCACUCUUUUUUUUUUUAUUUUUUUUUGUUUUGUUUUCUGUUUUUAUUUUCCUUUUUUUUUUGUUUUGUUUUGUUGUUUUCUCUCUAUUUUCAGGCAAAACCCCACGUUCCCACGGGUCGGAAAAACGCCCCACGUGCAGCACCCGGUCUCAGCUAGAGCUGGAGAUGGACGCGGAUAAGGGGAAGCAACGCCAGUACUCGCAGAGGAUGGCGGAGCCUCGCUUCAACAACCCCUACUUCUGGCCGCCCCCUCCCACCAUGCCCAGCCAGCUGGACAACCUGGUCCUGAUCAACAAAAUCAAGGAGCAGUUGAUGGCGGAGAAGAUCCGCCCCCCACACCUGCCUCCCACCUCGGUGGCCUCGCAGCAGCCCCUUCUGGUGCCCCCCUCACCUGCUGAGAGCAGCCAGUCCAUCAUGUCCCUGCCAAAGCUGCAGCAGGUGCCAGGCCUGCACCCCCAGGCCGUGCCCCAGCCUGACGUGGCCCUGCACGCCCGGCCGGCCACCAGCACUGUCACAGGGUUGGGGCUGGCGUCCCGUGCACCGGCCGUCAGCACCUCGGAAUCCAGCCCGGGAACAGGGACCACCACCCCCUCGACCCCCACCUCCACCAGUCAGAGCCGCCUCAUCGCCUCCUCGCCCACCCUAAUCUCAGGAAUCACCAGCCCCCCCCUCCUCGACUCCAUCAAGACAAUCCAGGGCCACGGCUUGCUGGGAGCGCCCAAGGCCGAGCGGGGCCGCAAGAAGAUCAAGGCGGAAAACCCUUCGGGACCGCCGGUGCUGGUGGUGCCCUACCCCAUCCUGGCCUCGGGGGAGACGGCCAAAGAGGGGAAGACAUACAGGUGUAAGGUCUGCCCCUUGACGUUCUUCACCAAGUCGGAGAUGCAGAUCCACUCCAAGUCGCACACAGAGGCCAAGCCCCACAAGUGCCCCCACUGCUCCAAGUCCUUCGCCAAUGCCUCCUACCUGGCCCAGCACCUGCGCAUCCACCUGGGCGUCAAACCCUACCACUGCUCCUACUGUGAGAAGUCCUUCCGCCAGCUCUCCCACCUCCAGCAGCACACCCGAAUCCACACCGGCGACAGACCCUACAAGUGCCCUCACCCCGGCUGCGAGAAGGCCUUCACCCAGCUCUCCAACCUCCAGGUCAGUGUGGGGGGACCCGGGCCAGGGGCCACGGGGUCGCCGUGGUCCCCCCUGACUCUCUGUGUCCCCUCAGUCCCACCAGCGCCAGCACAACAAGGACAAGCCCUACAAGUGCCCCAACUGCUACCGGGCGUACACGGACUCGGCCUCGCUGCAGAUCCACCUGUCUGCGCACGCCAUCAAGCACGCCAAGGCCUACUGCUGCAGCAUGUGCGGCCGUGCCUACACCUCGGUGAGCAGGGGGGCUGCCCCCAACGCUGCCCGCAGCCCCCAGCCCCCCGCUCACCCCUGUGCCCCCCGCAGGAGACCUAUCUGAUGAAGCACAUGUCCAAACACACGGUGGUGGAGCACCUGGUCAGCCAGCACUCGCCGCAGCGGACGGAGUCACCCGGCAUUCCCGUGCGGAUCUCCCUCAUCUAAGCAGGGAGGGGACAGGACCCCCCCAGCACCAGGAGGAGGAAGAGGAGAAGGAGGGAGAGGAGGAAGAGGAGGAGGAAGAGGAGGAGGACGAGACCCCCAGCGCCGCGGGCCGCGCCCGGGCCGUGCUCCUGCCCGGCUCCCGCAGGUUUGGUGACAUCCAAAGACGGUUUCAGAGCACUUUGAAUCUCUGCGGUUUGGUUUCUUUGGGGGGGGCAGUGGGCUUGGGGGCGUCCCCCCUGCCAGGCCCCACCCCCCAUUUUUGGAUACAAAUAUAUAUAUAUAUAUUUAUUGGCCAAGAACUUGGUGCUGCUAAAGACCAGAAAUUCACCCCAAAAACGAACCGUGGAUGGAGCAAAAAGCAGCUGGGGGGGGGAAAGUCCCACCACCCCCACCCCCCCCACAGACUCUGGGCCCAAGCGCCUCCAUUUGGGGUUGAUUUUUAACCAUUUUGGGGGUUUUUUGUGUUCUUUUGGGGUCCCUUUCGAGGGCGAAGCCGCGGGCAGAGCUGCGUCCCCCCGGUGACGGCCCCCCCAUUCCGCAGCCCCAGUUUUGGGGGGCUCGGGGGUCCCCCUGCUUUGCCUUGUGCCUGCCUGUACAUACCCCCUGUAUAGAGCCGGGGGGCACUCCCCCCAAACUCAUCUAUAUUCUGUACUUUUUGGUUCAUUUUGGAUAUUAACUGUGUUAUUUUUUAUACACUUUUUAAGCCUUAACUCAGCGUUUCUUUGGGGUUUUUUGUUGUUUUUUGUUCAGGGUGUUUUAUUUACCUUUUAUUAAUUUUUAACCCUUCUGUUAUUUUUUACCCUCCCUAUUAUUUUUACCGCCUGUCCCCUUAUUUUUUACCCCCCAUUAUUUCUCCCCUCAAUGUUGUAUGAUAUCAAUAUUGUAACCUUUUUUGUCAGCAUGUUAAUACUGUGUAAAUAUGCCUCUUAUACACUUAGCCCCCCCUUUUUUCUCCCCUUCCCCCAAAUUUUGGGGCUUUUUUAUUUUCCUCGCUGCCCAGCCAGGCCAGGCCUCCCUAGAGCUAGUUGGUACCUUAUUAAAAAAGGGAAAAAAAAAAAAAAAAGAAAAAAGAGGAGAAAAUGGACAAAAAGUUGCCCCUCUCCCUGUUGUCGCCACCCCCUCCUGCAUUGUGGUUCCUGGAGAAGCUGGGCAGGCCACGGCCUCACAGUGUGGAAAAGGAAUGAACCCCCAGCCCAGCCCCUUUCCAAAAAAAGAGAAUAAAAGAGAACAAAAAAAAGA